UCCUUCCGCACAAUGUCUGCACAACCUACAAUUCGUCUCGCGACGCCUGAGGGUAGGCCUACCAGUACCCUCACUGACCAUGUCAUGCUACAGCCUCACUGACCGGAUCAAUGCAGACGUCCCCAUCAUCCUCCAAUUCAUCCGGGAGCUUGCCGACUACGAGAAGGCUCUCCACGAAGUCGAGGCAACCGAGGAGUCUCUCCUGGCGACACUGUCUUUUCCCGACUCUACCCCCAAGCGAGGCUCUGUCUACACUGCGCUCGUCAUCCCUCCGGCAACUGCGGAGCAGCCCACCCCCCUGCCAGUGGGCAUGGCCCUUUUCUUCUACAACUACUCCACCUGGCGCUCCGCUCCGGGCAUCUACCUCGAGGACCUCUACGUACAGCCGAGCGCGCGCGGCAACGGAUAUGGCUUCAAGCUACUCAAGUACCUUGCGGCUAAGGUCCUGGAGGUCAACGGCAGACGGCUAGAAUGGAGCGUCCUCAAGUGGAACGAGCCCAGCAUCAAGUUCUACGAGCAGGUGGGCGCCAAAGCGAUGGAUGAGUGGACCAAGAUGAUGAUGGAGGGACCCGCUUUGAACAAGCUUGCGGAAGGCAUCUGAUCGCGCGCGAGUUUUGACUCUGGUUCGUGAAUCAUCAGGCGAUUAUUUGUCUUGCGGGUUGUGUCGUGGUUUGCGCUGGUCGACUUCUCAGAAGAGUCGCUUUCGAGGCUCUCAGCAGGAAGGACUGGAACUCGGUAACCCUUGGCUAUAUUUUUCUCAAUCGCUGAACAUGUACAUACAUUGAAAAUACCCCCGAGUGAGGAUCACAUUUCGAGCAAUAUACAGAAUAGAGUUCUUAGUGUUCAACAUUUACUCUGUAGGAUGCGAGAUCGAGGAAAUUUGUUGUAUCAUGCGACCACGAAAAUAGAAUCCAGAUCUUAGACAAUUG